AUGGAUACUUACCAAACUGCCGUAAUUAAUUCUAUUGAAUUAUUAAAAGAUUUUGCUUUCAUUAAUACAGGUUAUAAUUGGAAAUUUUUUAUUAUCAGCGCAAAAAUACCAAAUGAUAAAUUUGAAAGACUUAAAGAUCAAAUUAUCCAUCAUCACGGAAAAAUAGUUGACAAAACUGAGAAUGCAGAUCUCAUCUUAACUGCUUUACGAUCCCUUUCUAGAAUACGUCGUAAUCUGGAUCUAGAAUCAUUUAAUAAACCUAUUAUAUGCAUCGAUUGGGUCGAAGCAUGUCAUUCAGCCAAUAAAAGGUUACCUUACAAUGGUUAUAUCAUUGCCUAUAAUCCCGACUAUGAAGAACCUACUACUGAUGAAAGUAUUGAAAUCGGUGAGGAAAAAAGUAUUGAAGUCGGUGAAGAGGAAAGGUAUGAAGUACAUUGUUCAGAUUUGGAAGAAAAGGAAUUGGAUCCUCGAUUUCUGAAUACUAGAUAUUUGUGUUUUCGUCCUACUCCCCUUUAUCCGAAAUUUAAUAAAGAACUUAUAGAAUUACUUGAAGAGUUAGAAAAGGUACGAAGAUUGAAUAAUGAACAACCUAAUGUAUUGGCUUAUAGACGUGCUAUCGCUGCUUUAAAGGCAUACCCUCGUGAGCUCGAAAGUUAUCAAGAAGCUCGUAAAAUAAUUGGAAUUGGAGCAAAAAUAGGUCGAGUUAUAAAAACUUAUAUGGAAACUGGAACAAUACCCGAAGUAGAGGAAAUCAAGCAAGAUGAGAAAUUUCAGAUCCUUGACUUGUUUUCUCAUUCCUUUGGUGUCGGCUAUAAAACAGCUACAGCUUGGUAUUUAAAAGGAUAUAGAACCAUUGAGGAUUGUAAAAAAGAUCCAAAAUUGAAUAAUAUGCAAAAAAUCGGUUUAGAAUUAUAUGAUGACCUUCAAAAAAAAAUGUCAAGAAAGGACGUAGAAGAAAUUUUCGGAAUUUUUGAAAGAGAAGUUAAAGAUGCAUUAGGUCAUGAAUGUAUUAUAACUCCGGUUGGUGGAUAUCGUCGAGGAAAAGAAUUCAAUGGUGAUUUUGACGUGAUAAUUUCUCAUCCUGUUGAAGAAAUGACAAAAUAUAUAUUGAAAUCUAUAGUGGAGCGGUUGAAAGAAAAAGGUUUUAUAACUGAUAUUUUCUGGUACGGAGAACCAAGUGCUAAGGAUAAAAUUCCUCCUAGUACGAUGAUUAAACGAAUCGACAUAAUAAUUGCUUCACGUAGUCAAUAUGCUACCGCAUUAGUUGGAUGGACUGGUUCAAGACUUUUUUUACGAUCACUAAAAGACUAUGCGAGAAAAGAAAAGGAAAUGAUAUUGGCAUCACAUGGUCUUUUCCAUAAUACUUUCCCUAGGCAAAAAAUUGAUACCUCUACAGAAGAGGAUGUAUUUAAAAUUUUGGGUGUACCUUGGGUGGAUCCUACAUUUCGAAACUGUUAA